AUGGCGAUGAUGAUGACUGGCCGUGUGCUGCUGGUGUGUGCCCUCUGCGUGCUGUGGUGCGGUGCCGGCGGUGGCUGUACUGAAGGCGGUGAGACACCUGUUGAGAGUAAACUCGGUAAUACUGCGAGCGGUGCUGAAGUUCUGCAAGCAAAACCCGAGACGGCAGAAUCAGGCAUUCCGGGAACGCAACCACAAGUACCAAUAGAUAAUGAGGAAGCAAAACGCCUAAUUGGAGAGGGAUCUUUGGAAGGAAGCGAAGAUAACGUUGUUGCAGACACAGAAGAUCUUUCUGAAGACGAUGAAGGAGGUGAGGAAGAAGGAAAUGAGGAAACCCAAAGAAAAAAAUUGAACGGAAGACAGGAGGAACAUGAAGAAAAGGGACCUGCAAGUGGCCUUGACACCUCGAACGGGUCGUCAAUUGAGAGUCAGCUACAAACGCUCCAGACAAAUUCAUCUACAGGUAGCAGUCCUCCUUCCAGUAGUCUGAAAGCGAUUCCCGAUCCCACGCAAACAGGAAUUAAAGAAAACGGCGUCUCCGUUACAAAUCCACCGACAGGUGAAGAAACACUCAAAGAAGAUACCAGAGACAACGUACCACAUGGUGGACUUGCGAAAUUAACUCUUCCACCUCCUCCAGAACACAGUGCUGCUGCCAGUGGAAUUUUUGCCGAAUACAAGAAAGACGAAGGUCAACAAGAUGCUAAUUUGCAUAGCACUGCGACCACAGUACAAGACAGUCAGGACGACACUACGAAAAACACUAAGAAAGAAACAAUACCAACCGCUAUAAAAACUGAUACUGAGACUACACAGCACAAUGACAGCAGCCCAGCAGAACUAACGGCCCCGCAGUCUGACGCUGGUGUGGAGAGCACUCCGUCGACCAAUUAUUCAAGGCAUUCAUCCACUGAGGACGCUGCACGGCUCAGUGAGACCAACGAUGCUGAAGACGCAUUAGGCAGCACAGAGAAUGCGGACUCUAAGAUUGCAGAAACCGAAAAGGCGCCUCUCGCCACCGCCAACACAACUGACACGACGAACACACAAAACGGUGACGGCAGCACCGCGGCCUCCCACACCACCUCCCCUCUUUUGCUUCUUCUUCUUGUUGUUGCGUGUGCGGCUGCUGCUGCGGUGGUGGCCGCGUGA